UCCCUUGCGCGGUCGACGCAUCUGCACCAUGUGAAGUGUGAGAAAUCAAAAAUAGGAUUUUAAUGUCCAUACAUCUAAACUCAUGGACGAUCUUGCCGCUGAUAAACAUGGGGAAGAUCUGGUUGCUUUUAUAAAUUUUUCCAAAGGUGACAGCACGUAGAAUAUGUUAAAUGGUUGUGGGAUGUGGAUUUAAGGCGUGACGGCGUUCUUGCAGACAUUUUUCUGAAUUUAAAUGAAUCCAAUUCACAACUGAUUGGUUUGUUAUUCUGCCAGCGUGCAUAUAAACAUGAGCUCCAGCAUGAAAGAAAAAGAACAAAAGAAGAGACUUCAGCACUUCCUGUCUGAACUUGCAAUACUCGGGUCUUUACAGGGCUUUCAUUAUUUUCAGCCUUGGCUGAGAGGGAGAGAAGAACUUCUGCUGACUGUUGUGAAUGAGGACUUGAGAUGGCGUUCUCCUGGGUUUGCCGUGUCUGUGGCCUCCAACUUUACCAGUACAACAUGCAGUAGCAGCUACAGUCUGGACAGUGACUAUGCCAGCUCCCCUUUGGCUGUAGAAGGGCCACUUCUACAAGCUAAGGAGAAAACACCACCAAGCACACAACAGCAAACUCCAAGCAGGAGUGGCGAUUCUCAUCUUCUCCCAGCUUCACCCAGUGAGAGAGAGAUUGCUGUUCCUGAAAUCAACUGCACCCUGUUCCUGUUAGCUGGCUAUGCCAAGUAUGGGCAACCUUAUGCUUGGAUUCGAUCUAAUCAUGAACGCCUUGUAAACAUCGGGGGAACUGAUACUCUGGUUAAAGAUACACCAAUGAAGCUUAAGUCCAUCACAAACUGGGUUUCAACAUCAGAAGGAACUCAUGUCUGGGAUAUUGUGAAUGAAUUAGUGGGACUCUGCACCAUGCCACCUCCUGACAACCCAUUCUCUCUAGAUAUGCGCUACCUCCAAACCCUUUCCCUCCCAGAACGCUUCCUGGUCACAGGGGCCCUCCUGAAUUUCCUGGAGAUGAUUGUAGUUCAGGGAAAUCGAGAGGAAACCUUCUAUGAUCUAGUGGUGGCGGAGUUGAAGCCAUUGAGACAGCUACACUUUCAAAGUCUCACCGAGGUCCAGAGAUUUAGAGGUGAUGACAUCACUACAAGUUCCUUACGAGAAGAAUCUCCAGAUGAUAAAUAAAAUAAAAUAUAAACAUGGAACAGCUUUCAAAGUUCAUUCCUUUAAUCAUUCGACUUGGGAAACUAAACAUUACAUUUUGUAAAAUGUU